GGCAGAGGCGUUGUCUCAUUUGACUCGCAAUAUGGGAAAAGAGAAAAGUUCGAUUUUGCUCCUCAAGAAUCUUUUGACAGGGAUAGGAGUUCUACCAUUGACGGACGGUCAUUCGAAAUGGAUAGACAGGGUUUGGACGUUAUUGUGCUUUUGCUGUGGUUCGUUUCUGUUAAUGUCAUCGUUUCAGUUUAUGAUAGAAGUGCCUAUCCCAAUAAUUGACAAACUCGAAACUUUGCUUUAUAUUACAGCAAGUAUCCAUAUAGUUUCCAAUCAGGCCAUUUUGAUCUUGAAAAGCAAAGCCGUGAAAAUUCUGAUCGAAGAUAUCGAAAAUCUCUACAAUAUUCUCUACGAGAAUGAAAAUAAUGCUUCUAUCUUAAACAAAUGGUCGAAUAGAGGAAAACGCCAAGCCUAUUUCUUCAUUUCGACAUAUAUAGUUUAUACUUGCUGCAAUUGUCUCAUGAGCAUUUUACACCUGUUAAUUUUUAAUGUCUACAAAUCGCCUUACUCGAUCGGCACACUGUUCGUACCGAAAGACCUUAAAGCCUUAGCAAUGGUGUUCCAAGUUUUCACCAUGUUCUUCGGAACUCUCAUCAUGUCCAUACACAUGUCUUUCAUUUGUAUCAUCGGGACGUCUAUCGCCGGAGGGAUGGAAGUUCUGAAGAAAGAACUUCAGGCUAGAUCAACAACGGAUAACAGAGAUUUUCAUUUGUUUUCUUACAAAUUACAUUCACAAAUUAUUAAUCUCACGGCUCGGUUUAACAAAAUAUACGGAUUCCCGCUGGCAAUUCUGACAGCAUUUUGCUCUAUUCAGUGUUGUCUUACUACCUACCCACUGGCAAGGGCAAAUGUAAGAGCACAGGACUUCGUCUUGUUUUGCACUACAAAUGUUUUUCCUGUUGCGAUAUGCGAGACUGGAAACGCCGUUUUUACUGAGUCAAACAACGUAUUUCUGGCCACUUAUGACAAUUACUGGUACAACGAAAGCCCAAAGAGCAGAAAAGAGCUUUCUAUCAUGAUGUUGGUCGCGAGAAGACCUUUACAUUUACACUUCAGGCAUGUCGUAAGGUUCACUUACGAAACGUAUCUUAGUAUUUUACAAACUUCCUAUUCUUACAUGGCAGUACUGAGGACAAUGGAGAGGUCUUAAAUAUAUGAAAAUUUUCGAAAAUAUUUCUUUCUUGUUGUUAGACUUAGUUAAGACUUUGCAUUAAAUUUUUAAUAACUUGUUCUGCCUAGAUUAGUAAUAUUUUAUGCAUUUGGAUAUAGUUUUAACUGCAUUCGUAUGCAGUGCUUGAAAUUUUUCCUGUAGGUAUAUGCUAACAUUUUCUUGGCGUGUUAUAUCAAUGGUUGUGGACUAAACAAUUGGCUUGUUUAUUAGUUUAUAGUCAUUAUCUUUUUGCAUAUGUACACAUCCCUUAAAGUUAUAGACAUAAAUAAACAAAAUGUAAUAAAUCCAAGAGGCUUUUAAGAACGGCAGACUAAAUUUAAUCUCCUCCUAUAGGUUUUAU